AUGGGAAAGCGCGCUGACAACACGCUAGAUCAGGAGCGCAUGACUGGGAUCGGGAAAUUCGGGCUGGGCGGCGGUUUGGCCGUGCUGCGCAAGUACGAGCUGGGCGCGCAGCUGGGACGCGGCAACUUCGGCACGGUGUGGGCGGCGCGCGAGCGCAGUACCGGCCUCAUCUGGGCUGCCAAGGUGGUAGCGAAGAGCAGCAACAAGCUGAAGAUGCUAUUACUGGGUCGCGAAAUUCAGGUUUUGAAGAUGGUGGAGCAUCCAAACAUUGUGUACUUGCGCGAGAUAUUUGAGACAUCUGACAACGUGUACCUGAUCCUAGAGCUGUGUGAGAGGGGUGAGCUGGCCACCUUCUGCCGGGAGAAGGGCAAGAUACCGGAGCGGGCCGCCAGGGGGAUCAUGGCCGGCAUCACUGAUGCUAUUCACUACCUCCACAGGCACGGUAUCGUACACCGUGACCUGAAGCUGGAGAACGUCCUGCUGGCGGCGCCACUGGCGUCGGAAACCGAAUCAGAUGGCGCCACAAGCGACCAGCCCUGUGCCAAGCUGUCCGACUUCGGUUUGGCCGAGGUCAAGGAUAAACGGGACCACGAUCACAUGAUGAACCUGUUUUGCGGCACGCCGUACUGCAUGGCGCCUGAGAUCCUGAGUGAGCGGGCGUACAGUCAGCAGUGCGACGUCUGGUCCAUGGGUGUCAUCCUCUACACUCUCAUCGCCGGCCACAGUCCCUACCUGGGCGGCAGCGAGCGCGACGUGUUGUACAGCAUCCACCGGCACCCUAACCUGCAGAGUGAUCCGGGGCUGGGCACUGUCUCGCCAGGGGCCCGCGACCUGCUUGGAAGAAUGCUGCAUUUAGAUCCGGCCUACAGAAGCACUGCUUCCGAAGUGGCCGCCCACCCCUGGAUCGUGGCGAGGGUGGCGCCACCAGCGGCCGCCAGGGAGCGCUAG